AUGUACAAGUCGAUCGACCGCCCGGCUUUCUCGGCCGCUCAGACCAACCUGUUCCCAAUCUACUUCAGCAUCCAGACUGUCAUCCCCGUCAUCCUCGCCCUGACCUUUCCCGGCAACACCCUGACCGGCGUGCCAUCGGGGGUCUCGGGUCUCUUAGACAACUCAAGCAGGUGGGACUCGCUGCUGCCCAUCGCAGCCAUGUUCGUGACGGGUCUCGCCAACCUGGCUGUCAUUGGGCCCGCCACCACCAAGACCAUGAAGGAGCGCCGCGGACAAGUAAAGCGAGACGGAAAGGAGUGGUAUGCCGAGGGCCCGCACUCGGACGAGAUGCAGGCCCUGAACAAGAGGUUCGGCAUGCUGCACGGAAUCUCAUCGCUCAUCAACCUGACCACGUUUGUGUCGGCUGUCACAUACGGCUUCACCCUGGGCGCUCGUAUUCAGUCUAUUGCCGACAGAGUAGCUUGA